AGAAUUUAUUAUUGUAUACUGUCUUCUUCUACUCGUGAUUCAUUUUUUCGUGCACUUAACAUCUAAAGUUCAAACCGUGAACACAUCUUAUUUUCUUUAGUGAGUUUUCAAUUCCUCAACAGUUUAUAUUCCGAAUAAAGAACUAUUAACUAAAUAAUCAAGUAAAUUAAGAUUCCAAACAAUUUUUUUUUAUCAUGGACCAUUGGCCAAAAGAUGUCGGAAUACGCGCUAUUCAUUUCGUCAUACCGUCGUUGUACGUCGAUCAAACUGAGUUGGAACAAUACGACCAAGUGUCCGAAGGAAAAUACACUAUUGGUUUGGGCCAAAAGCAAAUGGGGUUCUGCACAGACCUCGAAGACGUGAACUCGCUGUGCCUGACUGCAGUCAGUCAGCUUGUCGAAAACAACGGCAUUAACUACGCGGACAUAGGUCGUCUGGAAGUAGGCACUGAGACCAUAAUCGAUAAGUCAAAAAGUGUGAAAACGGUUUUGAUGAAGCUGUUUGAGCCAAGUGGUAAUUUUCACGUCGAGGGUAUCGACACGACAAACGCCUGUUAUGGUGGAACGGCGGCCUUGUUCAAUGCUCUAUCGUGGAUGGAAUCAAGCGCGUGGGACGGUAGGCUGGCCGUUGUAGUCGCGGCCGACAUCGCGAUCUACGCCAAGGGCAAUGCGCGUCCGACAGGAGGUGCUGGCGCCGUCGCGAUGCUGAUCGGCCCCAACGCUUCAUUAGUGAUCGAGAGGGGCCUGAGGGGCACGUACAUGAACCACGCGUACGAUUUCUUCAAGCCUGACCUGACGUCCGAAUACCCUGUAGUGGACGGUAAACUGUCCAUUGAGUGUUACUUGAACGCCCUGGAUCAAUGCUACAAGUCCUAUCUGAGCAAGUGCGGUGAUGGCGCCAACGUCGAUUUGAAUAAGUUCGAUUCAUUCGUGUUCCACUCGCCGUACUGCAAACUGGUGCAGAAGUCCCUGGCCCGGUUGUACCUGAACGAUUUCGUGAACAGUGGCACCAAGGAUGAGAACUACCCGGGGCUGGACCGAUAUAAGAACGUGCACCUACCGUCCACAUUUUUCGAUCGGGAUAUCGAGAAGACAUUUAUGGAGCGUAGCAAGACCAUUUACGAGAACAAGACAAAGCCGUCGCUGUUGCUGGCGUCACGUGUCGGCAACAUGUACACAGCGUCAGUGUACAGCGGACUGGUCUCAUACCUGGUAUCGUUGCCGCCGAAAGAUUUAACCGGCAAGAAAAUCGGCGUGUUUUCCUACGGGUCUGGUUUGGCAUCGUCCAUGUACUCGAUCAGGGUUGUGGACAAUGAUUUGUCGAGUCUGAUCGGAAACCUGAAGAAGGGAAUCGACCGUCUAGAGGAGCGGAUACGUCUCACGCCUGAACAAUUUACGGAAGUGUUGGAAGUCCGGCAGAAGUCUUUGCAUCGAGCACCGUACGUACCAGUCAGCGACAAGAACCAGCUGUUCCCUGGCACGUGGUACCUGUCUAGUAUCGACGAAAUGCACCGACGGUAUUACGAAAGAAAAGAAUAGGUCGUCAUAAAACAUUUAUAUAUAAUAGAAUACGUAUUUAUAUUCCCCCAAUGAAAAAGUAUUAUUUAUCAGUGGCCGAUAAAUAUGUAAAUCGUGUUUACAGAGAAUACCCUGUACAUCAAGCAAAUAAUGAUUAGUGUUGGUACUUUUUAAGAUGCAUAGUUAAUUUUAAGCAAAAAUCUUUGUACUUGUUUAGUUAUAGUAUUGGUUUAUAUAUUUUUUUAUAUACAUAAUAUGCAUGUAUAUACCUAUUAUAUAUAGAGUUAUGUAUUUAUUUUGCAUUAACAUGGUAUUUUUCAUUAAUAUUAUUAUACUAUUGGUGUGUGGGUUUUAUUGACAAUAAUUAUAAUAAUAUUAAGUCGUUAUUAAAGUGGUGCUGCAGAUAAUUAAUUUUUUUUUAAAACUAUGAACAUGACAAAUUUCAUAUUGUAAUUUUAUAAUCAUGCCUAAUUUAAUAGAUUAUCCACUGCUGGUUUUAAAAAUCAAAUGCAUUUAUACAUUUUCUUCAAAAUGUUAAAUAAAUAUAUUUUAGUGCGCAGACAUUUUGAUUUUAAAGUUGUAUUAAUCACGGUUUUCUUACCUUUAUAAUUCCAUAAAAAAAUAAUAAAUAUGAUUUUUAAAUUAA